UCCCGCCUCUACAAUACGCUUUUUGAAACUUGGGGUCAAGAUAAAUGCGAUCUACAGCCUUAUAACACACAGAACAGCCCUAGUGCCUUACUCCUGUUGGAAGUGCCCGCCCAGUGCACAACUUCGUUGAUGAAAUAUGACCUGGAGCGCGUGUCGCCUGUCAAUAUAUGACGUGAGAUCGGUUAUUGCCACCGGAGCUUGCUGCCGACGUCGUGUUGGCUGUAUGCCGUCCGGGUCAGGGUGACGUUAAUGCGAACCCCCGGCCAGCUGACCUGCAGUAUCGGACCGGACAUGUGCAGGCAUAUCCCGCGGAGGAGCGAGUGAAGGGGGAUCCCAGCGCGCCGGGCUUCCUGCUGUAGUUUAACUUGCCGAUGAUAAACUUUAUGUAGCGACGCAGCCACGACGCGACAGCCAGUUUGUUCAGGUGUUCAGAAAUGCCGCCAAGGAGAAAGGCCCUACCUAACCCACUGCCGGAGGGAUGGACUCUCACCGACGCGGAGAAGAAGCACUGGAGACUGGGCAAAAUUAUCGGCAGAGGCGGAUUUGGGUUGAUUUAUUUAGCUUCCCCGAGAUUGGACGCGCCUGUUCCAGAUGACUCUGAGUUCGUGAUAAAAGUUGAAUAUCACGAAAAUGGUCCUUUGUUCAGUGAGCUGAAAUUUUACCAGAGGGCGGCAAAGCCGGAAAGUUUACUGAAGUGGAAGAGGAGCCGACACCUGGACUUCCUUGGGAUUCCAGUCUACUACGGCUCUGGACUGUCUGAAUACAAUGGAACACGGUACCGGUUCAUGGUGAUGGACCGGCUGGGCAGCGACCUGCAGAAGGUGUGUGACGGUAACGGCGGGAGGCUGAAGAAGCCCACGGUCCUCAGGCUGGGAUGCCUCCUGCUUGACAUGCUGGAAUACAUUCAUGACAAUGAGUAUGUCCAUGCUGACAUAAAGGCUGCCAAUCUGCUACUGGGUUACAAAGAUCCCAACAAGGUGUACCUGGCAGACUAUGGUCUGUCCUACAGGUAUUGCCCUGACGGAGUUCACAAGGAGUACAAAGAGAACCCAAAGAAAGGACACAACGGCACGAUAGAGUACACAAGCUCUGACGCGCACAAUGGAGUCGCCCCCUCGCGGCGCGGUGACCUGGAGGUUCUGGGCUACUGUCUGCUCCACUGGCUGUGCGGGAAGCUGCCCUGGGACUCAGUGCUGAAGAAGCCGGCGGAGGUGCAGGAGGCCAAGGCGAAGCUGAUGGCGAGACUGCCCGAUUCAGUGAUGGAGCUGUCAGUUCCUGGAAGCAGCACGGGGGAAGUAGCCAGGUUCCUGCUCUGUGUGAAGUCCCUGGGGUACAAAGAGAGGCCCGACUACCAGAUGCUCCGAGACCAGCUGACGGAGAGAGGGACGAAAACAGUGCGCAAGGAGGGCCCGCUGGACCUGUCCCGGCCGAGGAGGGAGGAGGACGCCCGCGCGGCAUCACCCCACAGAAAGCCGGUGAGAGCGAAACCCAGGGCCAAAGCGGAGUCCAGCCCCAGAGAGUCGCCUCCGGAGGGGGACACCCAGACGCCCAAUGCAGGCGAGCAGCCAGGCCACACCCGGCCCCAGAGGAGGGCGAGAGCAGCACCGAAACCCAGCCCGAGCCCAGCCCAGGAGGAGCAGAAAAAACGGACACAGCCCCAGCCCAGACGAGUGGCGAGGAAGGUGGAGGUUGAUGGAGCCGGGAGGAAGGAGGAGGGCGGAGCCAGGUGGCAAGAAGAGGGCAGAGCCAGGCGGAGGAAGGAGGGCGGAGACAAGUGUAUGGAUGAGGGCAGAGCCAGGUAUAGAGAGGAGGGUGGAGACAGGUGGAAGGACAUGAAUGGAGACAGGUGGCUGGAGGAGGGCUCCCAAGAUGAGCUGGAGCAUGAGAAGCCCGCCUACUCCCUCAGGGAGAGAGCCCCUCCCGGACAGGUCUCUCCCUGGGGGCUGGGGCGAUGGGGCGGGGCCUUCUCUGUUAUCCUCCUCCUCCUGGUGCUGCUGCAGCUGCUGCCUCUCUGA